GUAAUUUUGGCUUCUUCUUUCUUAAGAUACCUUCGUCAUUCCCAGUUUCAGGAAUUGCUUCAAUUGUUGCAGCAAGAAAUGCCUUAGGGAUUGCAGAAAAUGGCUGUCAUUGCAGCAGUAAUCUCAAACGUUGUUUGGCCAGCCAUAGAACUUGGAAAAUUAAUCUAUCCUCCAAUCAAGCGUCAGUUUACCAAUCUCUGUUGCUUCAAUGGCAAUCUUCAGAGCCUGAGGGAUGCAUCGAAAAGAUUGGAUGAUGCAAGAGAAGAUCUGCAGAUGCAAAUCAUCAGAGCAAAAAACAAUGGUGAACAGAUUGUUCCUCAAGUUCAUACUUGGUUAAAAACUGCUGAUGAGAUCCAAGGCAGUAAGAUUGUAACUGAAGUUGAGGUCCCAAAGGUGGGAAGAGCUUUUCUGAACAUCAAAUCUCGAUUUUCGCUGAGCAAGAAAGCGAACGAGACGGCAGAAUUGAUGAGGAAGCUUCGACACGACUGUCGAUUCGACUCCAUUUCGCAUCCGGCGCUACCUGCUGCAAUGGCGCCAUCGAUCCCAAACGCUCGGGCAUUGGAAUUUGAAUCGAGGAAACAUGUUGAGGCCGAGAUUAUCGAAGCUUUGAGAAGUAAGAAUGCUAAUAUGAUCGGUGUUUGUGGUUUGGGCGGCGUUGGAAAGACGACCAUGGUUAGAACAGUUAUGAAUCGAGCUAAGAAAGAAGGUUUAUUCGACGAAGUUGUGAUGGUGGUUGUCGGCAAGGAAGUCGACUUGUUUAAACUUCAGCAUGAAAUCGCCGAGUUAUUAGGCUUGAAAUUCUCGGUCGAGACGUUAUCAGCUAGAGCGCAUCAACUCUGUUGCAGACUCAUGGAUGAGAAGCGAAAACUCUUGGUUUUGGACGACGUUUGGAAGUCGAUAAGGUUAGAGGAUCUCGGAAUAUCGUGUAACAACGGUUGCAGAGUUAUUCUUACAUCGCGUGAUCGAGGAAUUUUUCGAGCAAUGGAUAUGAACACAUUUUGGGAAGUCCAAAUCUUGCUCGAACGCGAAGCGUGGUCUUUGUUUAAAGAAAAAACCGGGGAUUGCGUCGUCGAUGAAAAUUUGGUUUUGAUAACUAAAGAAGUUGCGAAAGAGUGCAAAGGCCUACCGAUUGCGCUUAUAACAGUCGGGAGAGCGUUAAAAGAUCAAAGAAGCAAGCCGGUUUGGGAACAUGUACUCGAUCAAUUAAGAAGCGCAAAUCCGGAAGACAUUCGCGACGUUAUUGCAGAAGUUUAUAAUCAUCUCAAGUUGAGCUACGAUUUUUUGGACAACAAGAAUGCGAGAUCGUUGUUCUUGCUCAGUAGCUUGUUCCCCGAAGAUUCGAACAUUUAUCUCGAGCAUUUGACUUGGUAUGCUAUGGGGUUAGGGGUGUUUGAAGGAAUCCGAAACAUGAAAGAGGCGAGGAAUAAAGUGCACGCGUUGGUCGACAUACUUAAAGAUCGUUUCUUGGUACUCGACGGCCGCGACGAGCAUCACGUGAAAAUGCACGACGUUGUCCGCGACGUUGCCGUGUUCAUCGCAUCGAAGGAAGGGUGUGUUCAUCUCAGUUCGACGAAUUGGCUGCUCGAACACCGCGACUGCACUUGGAUAUCGGUGAUUUCGAAGGACUCGACGGAGACUUCUUCAACUAUUGAUUUUCGGAGGCUUAACCUCUUGUUCGUCGAUAAUUCCGACGACAUCGAAUACCAAUUGGACGAUCGGUUCUUCGAAGGAAUGCGAAUGCUAAAGGUUCUGUUUUUAAGAUCCUUCUGGCUGCAUUCGCUCCCGCGUUCGAUCGAAGUUCUAAAACAUCUCCAUACGUUGCAUUUAGACACUUGUACGAUGAAGAGCAUCGCGAUCGUCGGCGAGAUGUUGAGCCUCGAAAUCCUCAGCUUUCGAUCGUGCCACUGGAUCGAGGAGCUGCCGGUGCAGCUCGGGAGGCUGAAUCGAUUACGACUUCUCGAAUUUUCAGAUUGCACGAGCCUUGAAACGAUACAGCCCGGGAUUAUAUCGAGGCUAGCGCGACUGGAGGAGCUGAAGAUGCUGGGGAGUUUUCGGAAAUGGGAAGCUGAGGAAAACGGAAAAAAUCGACGAAACGUCUCGCUCGUCGAGCUUCAAUACUUGACGAACCUCGCGUCGCUAGAGAUCGAGAUCGGUAACUUCUUAUUAGCCGCGCAAGAGAUGUGCGUUUCGCCGAAGAUACAAAAAUUCGAUAUUCGAAUCUACGGAAGAUGGCCGAGCAAUAUAAGUAGUCGCGAAAAGAAGAUGCUUCUCCGAUUGCCCGAGGCGACGACGUUAGGGAAUUGGGUUCGGAAGUUUGUGACGAGGACCGAGUUUCUCGACUUAACGGGAGACGGCUCGCACAGUUUGGACUUACGACAAGUUCUAAACGUGAAAUCGCUCGGGCUAAACGAUUGCUCGACCGUUAGAAAAGUUGUGAAUUCGACGGCAUCGAUCGUUUUCCCUGUUCUUGAGUCGAUGUGGCUUUGUAGGCUUCCUCGGCUCGAGGAAAUUUGUGAUGGCCCGAUCCCGGAAGGAUCUAUUUCUUUCCGGAAUCUAAAAGAAUUGACUCUCGACUGCUUGCCGUUGCUGAGGCAUUUGUGGAAGAGCCCGAACCAGAAUGUCGUGCUCGACAACCUCUGUUUCAUUCAUGUCUGGAUGUGCGACAAUCUUCGAAAUCUAUUCUCGUUGGCGAUGGCGAGGGGGCUUUCGCAGCUCGAAAUGCUCGAAAUUCGAAGCUGCGAAAGGAUGGAGGAGAUCUUCUUGAAUGAAGAUGAGAAUCAUGAGCAAGGUAAAGUUACAUUUCCGAAAUUGAAGAGGCUGUCGUUAGGUGAUCUGCCGAGGCUCGCGACGUUCUUCAAAGGAAUCGAGACGGUGGAGUUUCCUCGGCUGACUUACGUGGAAAUUGACAACUGUCCGAACCUCGCUAGCUUCGCUAGCGACGAGUCGUUUCAUCUCUUUUGCAACCCGAAGGUUUCUUUCGAAAGCUUGAAGGAACUAUACAUUCACUCAUAUGACAAUGUUAGCAAUGCAUGGUGCCGGAAAAUUCCCAUUGGCUUCUUCGGCGAGCUGGAGAAAUUGGUGAUAAACAAUUGCAACAAACUUAACAGCCUCUUUACAUCCUCCAUAGCCGAAAAUCUUGUCAAGCUCAAAGAAUUGACAAUUCAAAAUUGCGUGGAGAUGGUAACGGUGCUUUCAGAUGAUGAAAACGUGCACCAAUGCCUUCGAUUUCCAUGUUUGGAAACGUUGGAACUUCGGUGCCUAAAUUUGAGAAGUUUCUACGAGUCGAGAUGCGAUCUUGAGUUUCCCGCAUUGAAAUAUUUGUCGGUGUUUGAGUGCCCUCAUUUCGAAUGCUUCACCCGGGGAUCCCUAAACACGCUGAUCUUGAAAAUCUUCAAAAUCGACAAUGAAACCAUUGAUAUGGAAAACUCUUGAUGGUUUGACUAUUAACUAUAUGUUAAUUUGCUAUCGUUUAAGAAUGUACGCCAAAUGAAGAAAAAGACGAGGCGGAGGAGCAAUGAGUAAUAGGUACGCGACUCAUUUUAGAUUGAAUUCCUCGGUUACAUGGGUACGUUCCUUCGGGAUUGGUUUGAAUUUGAUCUGUAUUUGAAAUUUUGUGUAGUUUCGGAAAGAUGUGUUCUUUUGGAUUAGUAUGUUUGAUUUGGGUUUGAGGAGCUUAAUGUGUAUUGAUUUGAUAGAUAAUAAAUAUAAUAAUGUAAAUAUGUAUUAAAUUAAAUUAAUAAAAUUAAUGAUCGUGUGA